CAGAUCUCCAUUUCAUAGCGGACACACGGACAACGGACCCAGUCACCGGACGAACCGCACCCGCUGUAGGACCUCCUGCUCCCCGACUUUUCUCCCUCUGCCCGGCUGAAGUUUGCUCUCCCCGCUGUGAGGAUGAGUGUGGCGGUGGCGGAGGGCUGUUUUCUGUCCGCCCUGCAGCCCAACUCCUCCUGCACCGCUUAUGUGCUGCCCUCGGACGGUCCGUCUCCGGACCCGGUGGCCAAAGCAAGGAGGGUCCGAGAGCAGGUCCGGAUGCGACUGGCUGAGAAGAAGUCCUCCUCCCUGACCAGACUGGACGACUCGAUGAUCGGAUCAACAGACUACAGCUAUCCCGAAGUGAAGAGCUUAACCCACACCCUUGGUUACAGCUCCAGAUCCAUGAUAAACACACCCACCCGCGUCAUGGCUGUGCCCACAGCGCCUCUCCGCUCCUCUGGUUUCUCCUCUCGCUCUGCAGUGGAAACCAGUUCCAAGGUGAGCCAAAGAGGAGCCAGCGUAGCCCACAGCAGCUUCCAGUCCUCACAGACACACAGGAGAAGCAGACGCUCCAAGUCACUGUGCCAAACAGACCAGGAGGCACUUCCUCUCACUGUGUUGGUUCCUCCAGAGACCACUACCUGCCCGAUCCCUGUGCCGGCCCCCGGCACCCUAAGGCGCAGCCUCAGUGGGACGCUGGCCCAGGAUAGACGCUUCUGGCAGGAGGAGGAGCUGCCGUAUCAGUACACCUACAAAGGCCCCUCCCACCGCACCAUCAGCCGCAUCGCCAACCGACAGCAGCACUACCAGCAGCAGAGUACUGGCUUCGGCCAGGAGGGCUGGGUGGGGACUACCAGAGGGGUCCCCAUGGCAGGGGACGGCUGGGGGACACAGUGGCAGCAGCAUGUGUCCAGAGGCAACCAUGUCAUGGGGACAGGGCAGUAUCAAGCCUCCCUCCAGCGGGCGGCCUCGCUUCGCAGUUUGAGGAGUGUCGGGAAAGGAGUGGAUGUGUUGGACGGAGCAUCGAUACACAGCAACGACCCACUGGAAAAUAUACAGAGUCUGGACAUGGCCACAGCUGUCAGAUAUCUCUCUGAGUCAGACACUGCCUUGCAAGUUCUUGGAGCUGCAUACAUCCAACACCAGUGUUACCAUAGCAACGAUGCCAAGAACCAGGUCCGUGCUCUGCAUGGCGUUCCAGCUCUCGUUCAGCUUUUCUCCAGUGACAACUUAGACGUGCAGCGUUACGCCACUGGCGCCACACGGAACCUCAUCUACGAGAACGCUGACAACAAGGUGGCGCUCAUAGAUGCCGGUGGAGUGAUGCAUCUCGUCAGCAUCCUGAGCAAACCUGACGAGGAGCUUCGAAAGACCAUCACAGGUGUCCUGUGGAAUCUGUCCUCCAGAGACAACCUGAAGGAGAAACUGUCUAAAGAAGCUUUACCAGAGCUGACAGAGAAGGUGCUGGUUCCUCUGUGCAGCAACUUCCCACUGAGCCCAUCUGAGAGAGACAUCUUCUACAACACUAGCGGCUGCCUCAGGAACCUGAGUUCAGUGAACGAGAGGACGAGACAGAAGAUGAGAGACAUGCGAGGCCUGGUGGACUCUUUGGUGUCCUACAUUCAACAAGAGGACAGGGCAGAUGACAAGGGUUUGGAGAAUUCAUUGUGUGUGAUGAGGAAUCUGUCCUACCAGCUGUACACGGAGCUUCCUCCCUCAGUCCGACUCCGUCUGGAGGGCCAAACGAGAGCCUCUGCCUCCAAGGAAAGUGAUGCCAUCGGCUGUUUUACUCUGUAUAACAAGAAAAACAAUGAGCGCAACCAGACUCUGUCCAUACUGUCGGAGGUGUCACGACAACCUAAGGGUGCUGAGUGGCUGUGGCACCCUCAUGUGGUGGGGCUGUACAAGCUUGUUCUGCAGAACAGUGACUGCAGCUCCACCAGCCGCGAGGCUGCCAUCGGAGCCCUGCAAAAUAUCACUGCAGGAGACGCCAGAUGGUCGUCAGUGAUGAGUAAUGUGGUGAUCGAGCAGGAGAGGAUGCUGCCCACCCUGCUGGAUCUGUUGGACACCAACAAUGACAUGGAGCUGAGGCCUCUGACUGGCCUGCUGAGGAAUCUGGCCAGACACGCCACCAACAAAGACCACAUCGCUAAGAACAUGGUGAAUGUUCUGGUGUCCAAGCUGCCCAGUGACGGCCAUCAGAAAACUCCAUCUAGUGAAGUGGUGGUCAACAUCUGUGGAGCCCUCAAUCACCUGGUCACCUGCAGCUCCUUGGCAGCCCGUGACAUCUCAUACUUCAACGGCCUGCAGAAACUGAUGGGCAUCAAGACAUCCCAUGAUAGCAGUUCCGGGAGUCUGAAAGCUGCCAGAGCGGCCUCGACUGUCCUCUGCAACAUGUUCCAGUACAACAAACUGCACAAAGACUACAAACUGAAAGGAUUUGCCCGACGAGACUUCACAGAUUUAACCAUCUAGGCUGCAGCGUCCGAGCGUCUGACCUCAGGAUCAAGGUUGCUGUGAGGAAGACGAGGAACAUCAGAGGGAUUUAAUGAGCAGAUUUUCUAACUGUGGCGGAGCGACGGGAAGAGGAAUGGACUGGAGCCAAUGAAACCAUGGACUUAACGUUUGUCCCCUUUAGUGUCUGACUUGGCUCAGCUUGCAGCAGAGAGCCUUUGAUGACAGGAACCUGAUGGCAUCCACACUCAGUGGACUUUACCCGCAAAACUACCAUGCUCUGUGUGUAAGAGGGUUUGACUGAUGACUAAUGUUGCUGAUAGCUGAUAUAUGAUGCUCACAUUAGAGCGACAGACAGACAGUAGUGCCUGGUAAUGUGUUGUUCCUGGUUAGAUGGAUAUGGGCUGAAGGGAUCGCAGUGUCAAUCCGUCGGCUGGACUGGAAUGUCUCGACAGCUAUUGGAUGGAUCGCCAGAUUCCCGGCUUGAAUCAUUAUCCCAGCGCCCUGACUUUGGUGAUGAUCAGCUGAUAAUUCUCAUUCAUCCAAUACUUUGAUUGAUGACCAAAUACCUGCAAAACUAAUAACUUUUCCAUCAGCCUCAGCAAAUGUUAGCAUACUAACACGCUAAACUAAGAAGAUGAGCAUGGUAAACUUCAUCUGAUAAAUUGCGCCAUGAUAGCAUUGUCAUUGUGAGCAUGUUUGCAUGCUGACAUUAGCAUGUAGCUCGAAGCACCAGUGUAGCUAAAUACAGCUUCUCAGAGUAGCUAGCAUGGCUGUUUGUAGUCGUUUUAACCAACAGAUUGAGAUGUGUUUUUCUUUCAGAUGUUAACCGACAAACUUCCUGUGUAGAAAACUUCAUUAAAGAAGCAUUUCACCGCUGGAAAGGUGGUCUUUUCAUAAACGGGGCAGUCUGUGCUGUAGAAAGAUGCAAAUACCUUUUGAAAUUGGUGCUACAUGACCAGAGAAGACAGAGAAAAGGGGCUGUGGCAUUUGCUUUUACUCAGGAGGUAGAAAAUCUACAGCUGCCAGAAUGCGGAGAGUGCUGAUCAUGUGGGUAAUUUUAUAGGCUUCAUGAGCAACUUGAAUGAAUGGGUCUGUAUCCAGCUCUCUUUAUACAUCCAUGGUUUUGACACAGAAGACAAUAUGUCAGCCAGCUAGUAACAAACAAACUUGAAUUACAGUUAAGAGAAAAUUUUAGGUGAGAAACAGGCAACGCAGCAACAGAAUCUUGGUUCGUAUUUGAUCGGCACUGCUUAGUUUUACAGUUUGAUCUAAGUUUUGGAGCCAGAAGGGCGGCUCUCUCUGUAGAUGUGCUCUAUACUCUUAAUGUCUGUGGUGUCAGGCACACAAAAGUGGGAAGUACAAUACGUAAUUCGAGUAACAGCCCAACAGCCAGCAGAAAGUUGGCGGAUUAGAGCUGGGAGAUGAUGGUUACAAAUUGGCAUAUUUUCCCUUUAAAAGUCCAAGAAGUGAGCUAAUAAGCAGUUAGAUGAGUUUAGAUGAGAUUAGUUAGAUGAUUAGAUGAGUUUAUCAGCAGGAAGCAGCAGUUUAGAUGUCAGUGAUUCAUAUCUUGUUCAUCUGAGGUCUUGCAUUUGUUUAUCUACUUAUUUUUACUUGCAUGUCUCCUGGAAUUGGGGAUGUUCUUAUGCACGGGAAUACAUACUUUUAAUUAUUAGUUUGAGAAAAGAAUAACCGAGGAGACAACACGAGGGGCCGCCAUGGCUGUCUGAGAAAGGAUAUCAAAUUAUUGGCCAAACAACUUCUUGUUCAGUGUUUGAUCUCAGGAGAACUGAGCAGAAACGCCACUUGCACUGAAUGUGGAGUCAAAAACAAAUAAACCAAAACAAGGCAAUUGUCCUGUCUUCACAAUGUAGUAUCUUCUACUCAUAAUGAGGUAAAUUAUGACCUUGAAAAUAUACUGUGUGUGCAGUGGAAUAAGAUCAAAGACCUGAGAAAAUAGUGUGUUACUUAAAUAAAUCAGAUACUCCUGCUGUUGUCUGUAUAAUCAAUCCUGUCAAACAAAAUGUGAUUAAAAGGAGAAGCCUUACAGUAACGUCUGCUGAGAGGCCGGCAGGAGCCAGUGAGGGGAUUUCUCUGGAAGGACAUGUGGGAGAGAAGUGUAACCUUCAGACCUGGAGUUUAUCUGAGAGAGGAAACUGCAGAUGAGCAGCAGCCUCAUAGCAAAUAGAGGAAGGGAGGGGCUCAGCCUGACCGGGAAAUGAAAGGCUGAGAUUUGCAGUGGGGAAACCUGGAGGGACGGGCUUCAACAUAAAGAAUGUGUGAAUGCAAGAGUUCUAUAAAGGGAAAUGAUUUACGUUAUACUGCUGAACUUUCACACCCAGUCUUGGCAGAGUUCAGGGCAUCGAGCAUGAGUUGGAGAGAAGAGCGUCAUGGUUUAUGGAGUUUGAAGUUGUUUUAAAUGUGUUUCCCUUUUUUUUCUGUUAUGAAUUGUAUCCCCUGAAUUGCGCGGUUGGGGUUGGGAGAGAGUUUCUGCUGCAAGUGAAGGAGUUCAAGUAUCUUAGAGUCUUGUUCAGGAAGCAGGUUUAACAAACUGGGUUCAAACCUGAACUCUGAAUUGCUGAAUUUCGAAUUCAUUAACAUUGUAUACACACAAAAUGAGUCCUGAAAGAGGUGUACGCCACUUCCCACGCAAAAGUUGUGAUCUACAAAAAUGGAGUUGAUGGGUAAAAAUUAGGGGUGCCUUGAUGCUCUGUGAUUAUUUGAGGGGG